AUGGGUGUUCCAUCAUUUUUUAGAUGGCUUUCUAGAAAGUAUCCAAAGAUUAUUUCUCCUGUUUUGGAGGAACAACCGCCCGUCGUUGAUGGUGUUGCUUUGCCAAUUGAUUAUGCUGCAGCAAAUCCUAAUGGAGAACUUGACAAUCUGUAUCUGGAUAUGAACGGUAUUGUUCAUCCGUGCUCUCAUCCUGAGAACAAGCCGCCUCCGGAAACUGAAGAUGAAAUGCUUCUAGCUGUGUUUGAAUAUACGAAUAGAGUGCUUAACAUGGCAAGACCGCGGAAAGUCCUUGUAAUAGCUGUUGAUGGUGUUGCUCCUCGUGCAAAGAUGAAUCAACAAAGAGCUCGUCGUUUUAGAAGUGCUAGGGAUGCACAAUUGGAAAAUGAGGCCCGUGAAGAAGUCCUGAGACAACGUGAACAAGUAGGUGAGACUAUUGAUCACUCUGUAAAAAGUAAGAAGACCUGGGAUUCUAAUGCCAUUACCCCAGGAACACCGUUUAUGGAUAAAUUGGCAGCUGCCUUAAGGUAUUGGAUAUCAUUUAAAUUGGCAACGGAUCCAGGCUGGAAGAAUUUACAGGUUGUUAUAAGUGAUGCUACUGUCCCUGGUGAAGGUGAACAUAAAAUCAUGAAUUUUAUUAGAUCCCAACGUGCAGAUCCGCAAUAUAAUCCUAAUACGACACAUUGUAUAUAUGGUUUGGAUGCAGAUUUAAUUUUCUUGGGUUUGGCCACACAUGAACCACAUUUCAAAAUUCUGAGAGAAGACGUUUUUGCACAAAAUAAUAGGCGUAAGCAUAAUUUUAAGGACACCUUGAAUAUGACGGAAGAAGAAAAACAAUUGUUAGCGAAGCAAGAUUCUGAAAAGCCAUUUUUGUGGUUACAUGUCAGUGCCCUAAGGGAAUACUUAGCAGCUGAAUUGUGGGUGCCAAAGUUACCAUUCCCAUUCGACUUAGAAAGAGCCAUAGAUGAUUGGGUCUUUAUGUGUUUUUUCUGUGGUAAUGAUUUUUUGCCUCAUUUACCAAGUUUGGAUGUCAGGGAAAAUAGUAUUGACAUACUGUUAGAUAUAUGGAAAUCAGUUUUGCCAGGUAUGAAAACAUACAUGACUUGUGAUGGUAAUCUUAAUUUGGAAUCUGUCGAAAUGCUGUUGCAACAGCUAGGAUAUCGUGAACCCGAUAUUUUUAAGACGAGACAUAUUCAAGAGGUGAGGAAACAAGAAGCGGCUCAACGAAGAAAAAUGCAAAAGAAUAUGUCAAAGGGCCAAGAUAGGCAUCCAACAGUUUUCAACGAGCAAUUACAGCUAUACGACACCAAUGGUGAAUUAGCUAAAGGAUCGUGGAAUCUAACUACAAGUGACAUGGUCAAUUUGAAGAAGGAGAUAAUGCUCGCUAAUGAGGGAAAUGCUGAAGCUAUCGCCAUCGUUAAAGCACAGAGUGAUAAGAAUAACAGUUUAGUUGAAGAAAUUAGCAAGGGCAAUAUGGAGAAAGUUAUUGAUGAUGCAAAUAAAGCUAAUUUCACUGUCGCAGAUAUGAUGAAAAAGAAGCUAAUUGCCAAGAAGCAUAAGUUAGAGCUGGAAGAAGAGGAAAAAUCCGAAAGACAAAGUAAAAAACGAGACACAGAAGCGCACUCAACAAUCACAGACGAAUUGGGGAAAGAAAUUGAAGAGGAAGUUAAGAAGGAAGUUGAAGAAGAAGACGACGAUGACGAUGAAAAUGAUGGUGAAAAUGAUGGUGAAGAAAACUCCAGUGCUCUAAAAAAAGAUGUUCCAGAUCAAAAGUCACUCGGUAUUAAGACGGAAGAGGUACCGAUCGUUUCUCAUGGUGAUAUGAAAGCUGGAGUAUUUGAUUCAGAUGCUGUCGUCAAACUUUUUGAGUCUGGCUACAGAGAGAGAUACUAUCUAGCUAAAUUUAACAUUGAGCGUGACCAAAUUGAAGCACUAAGGAAAGAUUUAGUAAGAUGUUAUAUAGAGGGUGUGUCAUGGGUUCUUGCAUAUUAUUAUCAAGGUUGUGCAUCGUGGGACUGGUAUUAUCCAUAUCAUUAUGCUCCAUUUGCCUCGGAUUUUUUCGGUUUUUCCAAUAUGGAAGUGAAAUUUGAAAAGGGAACACCAUUUUUACCUUAUGAACAACUAAUGAGUGUUUUACCAGCAGCAUCGGGACAUACGUUACCUGAAAUUUUCAGACCUUUAAUGAGUGAACCUACAUCUGAAAUCAUAGACUUCUAUCCUGCUGAAUUUCCCAUAGAUAUGAAUGGUAAAAAAAUGUCCUGGCAAGGCAUUGCUCUAUUACCCUUUAUUGAUGCCACUAGACUUUUGAAAGUAGUAAGAGCACAGUAUACUUUACUGACAGAAGAUGAAAAAUCAAGAAAUGUCCGUAAAGAUCCAAUCCUUCUUAUAAGCAAUAAAAAUGUCAACUACGAGAAAUUUGCAAAAAAAUUAUACAAGGAGCUUUCAGAACAAAAAGACUUUGAGUUGAAAUUUCAACAUUUCAAAAGUGGAUUAAGUGGCAACGUUAUGGUGGAUAACGAAGGGUUUGUGAUAAACAGUAAAUUAUCAUGUCCUAUUCAAACAGGUUCAUUGCCGGAAUUGUCAACAAAUCUAUUUUUGAAAAUGAGGUAUAAAUUUCCUGAAUUGCCCAGUCGAAAUAAGUCAGUUAUUUUGAAUGGUUUCAUUCCAAGCGAAGCUGUUCUCAACAACUACGAUAUUGACUCUAUAAAGUACAAGUACAGCAACCAGAAUUUCAGUAGAUCAUCACAAUGGAACUUUGAAAAUACGAUGAAACAAAACGUAGUGCCGGUAGGGCCCAGUGGCAUAACCCAAUACCAGCCACGGGUUGGUGGUUUCAGAGCUUUCUUUUAUUUUGCACAAUCGAAUGCCACUGCAAAUCAAUACCCAAGUCAAUUCGGAAACAACAACGAACACGGUAACGGUUACAAUAAUAACGACCACUAUAACAACAAUUAUAACAAUAGCUACAACAGCUAUAAUUACUCCUCGGACAAGGGCUAUAAUCAAGGGAGUAGGUACAACGACUCUGGAAAUUAUUCUCAAAGAUUUAACAACAGAGGUAGAUAUCAACAGUCAAGGGGUACGCAAUCUAGAUCAAAUAGAGGGAGCUUUCAACAUCGCAGAUAG